AUGGCGAUUAUAGACUCCAUACUGUGGAGCAGCUUCGCGCGCAUCUCCGUAGUGGAGCUUAUUGCAUUGGGGUUUGUUCUGUAUGCAACAUACUACUUCAUCUAUGCGGUUUACGCUGCUACAUUCAGUCCCCUUGCCAAGAUUCCGGGGCCUCUCGCGCGAAAGUUUUCUUAUCUCCCCUGCGUCUUCAUGAGCCUGCAGGGUCGAGAGUCUCAUGCAGUCAGAGAUCUCCAUCACCAGUAUGGCCCAGUUGUCAGGGUGAACCCUGAAAUGGUCUCCUUCACCAAUCCAACGGCAUGGAAAGAAAUCUAUGGGUAUCCUGGCGUCAAGAAAUUCAAGAAAUCGGGGUAUCGUCAGCUGCGGCCUGGUGUGCCCGACUUGCUCACAGCCAAUGGUACCGAUCAUGCCCGGCAAAGAGCUGCGCUGAACCGGGCAUUUUCCGAGAAGGCGUUACGAGAACAAGAACAUUACUUUCAGGACCAUGUUCACCUGUUUCUGACGAGACUUGACGAGAGAUGUGCCCAGAAACAGUCUAUCAACAUCACUCAGUGGAUUGAAUUUCUUGCAUUUGACAUCAUCGGCACUCUAGCCUUCAGCAGCCCUUUUAAUUGCCUUGAGGAUCAAGGAUAUCACCCUUGGGUACUUCUGCUUCUCAACUUCUUCAAGUCAACUCACUGGGUUCUUGCGGCAAGAAUGUGUGGCAUCUUCUUCCCACUGGUGCUUGCGUUUGGUCCGAUACGAGAUUUGCAAAAAGGCGAAGAACACCUUCGCAGGAGCUAUGCCAAGGUGCAGGAGCGAAUCAAUAUGCCCGAAGACGAGGAGCGCAACGACUUUUGGACCUAUAUCUCCCGCCAGAACGAACAAAAGGAGGGCUCAAUGUCAGUACAGGAAAUGGAGGUCAACGCCGCUCUCCUGAUUCCCGCUGGAAGCGACACGAUUGCAACUACCGUGUCGGGUUGUCUAUACCUUCUACUGAAGCAUCCCAACACACUGGCACGGCUCCGGAAGGAACUUGAAGAUGAAUUCGUAUCCGAAAAAGACAUCACGAUGGCACGAUUAGCCGCGCUUCCGUAUAUCCGUGCCGUGGUUGAGGAAGCUCUCCGCAUGUAUCCGCCUAUUUCUGGAGAGUUGCGCCGGGUGGUUCCCCGAGAAGGAGCCGUGGUAUGCGGACACUUCAUCCCUGGAAACACCAUCAUCAGCGUCUACGCAUUUGCGGCUUGUGAUAACCCCGCCAACUUCGCACGACCCAAGCAGUUCACCCCUGAGAGAUGGCUUCAGACGGAUGAGCGGCCUACAUGGACACGGAAUGACCAUCUUGAGGCGUCUCAGCCGUUUUCAGUUGGGCCACGAAACUGCAUUGGUAUCAGUCUGGCAUAUGCAGAGACGAAGCUUAUCUUAGCGCGGCUACUCUUUCGUUUUGACCUUGAGCUUUUGGACGACGACUUUAACAUUGAAAACCAGAAGGUCUAUGUCAUGUGGAAAAAACCUCCACUAUCGGUGAACCUCACCAAACGGAGUGCUACAGAUCGAAAAACCUCUAGCUAG